AUUACCUGUCUAGACAUAGUGUAUCGAAUCUGUUCUCUAAUCUGUGUUUGUGUAGUAGUCGGUGUUCCGAUUUGUGUUUUUGAGUUGGAAAUUUCUUAAAUUUUUAAAUUUAUUAUUAGGUAUUAUUUUAUUCUUCACUCAAUACAUACUAAAUAAUAUAAGUAUUUUAUCGACAUGGAUAUAGAUAGUGACGAAGAAACAGAAAUACAAUUAAAAGAAUUGAAACAACUUACCGCCGUUCUAGAAGCUGACGAUGUACCAGUUAGUAAUGAUACCACUUCGCAGUGCUCUAAUACUCUUAGUAGUUUUCCUAUCUCUAGCUUAAAAGGUCAGAAGUACUCCAAAAUAGAAAUGGCUUUAGCAUUAAACAAAUAUACAGAUGAAAAAUUGCAAAGACUAGAGAGAAUGCUACAUGCUCGAUUACAGGAAUGUAAAUUGGAAUUAUUAGAAAUAGAUACUAAUGCUGGAAAACAGGAAAGAGUAGAAUCUUUCCAUUACAUUAAUUGUGGUAGACCUUAUUUUAAAGAUAAAGACAAUUAUCCGGCACCAAGUAAUGAAGACACAAUUCUCAUGCAAGAAGCGGAGAUGUUUGAUUUUUAUUCUGUAGUUUCUGUACCAGGGUGGACUGUUAAAGAUAAGAGUGAAUUCUUGGGUAUAAUACUAAAAAUGUCACAGACUAUAAGAACAUUUGAAUUAAAUUCUCAAAUAGCCCAAGUACGAAGAGAGAUUAAAUUUAAAAAAAUACAAUCAGAUAAAACUUUACAAUCAUUGAAUGCAAAGUUGAAUGUUGUUAAUAAGUUACCGUUAAAAGAUAUAGCUUUACCAAUAGACCAAGAAUAUGAUUGGGAAACUAUUGCUAACAAACUGAACCAUAGGCAUACAGCACAAGAAUAUAGAUCUUUAUGGAAAUUAUUUCUGCAUCCAUCAAUAAAUAAAAAUAGUUGGACCAAAACAGAACAUACAAAUCUACAGACAAUUGCAUAUGAUCAUUCUUUACAAGAUUGGGAUAAAAUUGCACAGGAAUUAAAAUCAAAUCGAACAGGUUAUCAGUGUUUCGUAUACUUUCGUACCAAUAUGAAUAAUAACUUUACAGGACAGAAAUGGACUAAAGAAGAAGAAGAAUAUCUUAAAAGGCUUAUUGAAUAUUAUAAAGAAGAUGAAUAUAUACCUUGGGGCAAAGUAGCAGCUGCAAUGGAGAACCGUACUAAAAUACAGGUUUAUAACAAAUAUUUCAGACUUAUUGAACAAAGAAAAGGUAGGUUUUUACCUGAAGAAGACACUGUAAUUCUUACUUGUGUUGAUAAUUUUGGUCCUAACUUUAAAAGAAUAAAGAAAUAUCUUCCUAGUAGAUCAGUAAUACAAUUACGUAAUCGGUACCACUUAUUAAAUAAAAAGAGCAUAUCAAUAGUAUGGACAGUAGCAGAAGAUAAAAAAUUAAUUCAGCUGAUGGCUAAUCAAGAUUCUAGUAUCAAUUAUUCUAGUAUUAGUUCACAUUUUCCUGGCAAGGAUAGAGGAAAUUUAAGAGCCAGAUAUAUUACAUUAAAGAAGUGGAUGAGACAAAAUCCCAAUACUGAUAUUGCAUUAGCACCACGCCGAGGAGCACGGCGUCUAACUCAUGGUCGUGUUUCUCAAAAUUUAAAUAAAGCCAUUGAAAAACUGAAAAAUCGUAUACAAAUUGAAGUUAAUACAAAAAAAUCAAAUAGAAUCACAGAAGAAUCAUCAGAACAGGAAAUAGAAGAUGCUAUAAUAGCUGCCCUAGCUACUGAAUCUAUAAAUGAAGAGGAAUCAAAUAGCACCACUGAUGAUGUUGUAGUACAAGGUGAAUCGGAAGGUUCUGUAAAAAAUUUAAAUGUGACAAACUUACAUUAUUUGCUUAUGUUAUUAAAAGCUAAUCUAAACAAAAAUAAAUUCACUAAUAGUAUUUAUUUUGAUAAAUAUUCAGCUUUGGUGGAUAAACGAGAAGAAGUGAAUGAAAUUAAAAUAAAAUCAUACUCAAAAAAAAAUAAAAUAAAGACCAUAACAAUUGGGGAUCCACCUGAUAUAUGGGGAAAUACUACUUUCCAUAAUGUAGAAUCUGUACUUCCACCACACUAUGCUACAAUAAUUGGUUGUAGAAUUUUAAUUUCUAAUUUUACAAAAAAAAUACAGUGUAAGAAUAAUGUUAAAGAAUUAGCUAGAAAAAAUGCAGAAUUAAACAAACAAAUGAAUAUAUUAAUGGAACGGUUUAAUAUAUUAUUCCUAUGGCCAUUACUUAUCUCUAAUGAAAUUCCUAGUCCAAAAUUGUAUUCUGAUAAACUGCUUCUGCUUCGAAAAUCAAACAUUAAAGCACCAUUACCAGCAGUACCUGGAAUAACAAUACCAAGCAUACAAAAUCUAACUAUAAAUAAUGAAGUGAUAGAUUUAAAACAAGCAGAAGGUAAAGAAGAAGUUACAUUGGAGGUAAACUUUCAAAUGUUGGAUUAAAAUAUUCAACUGUGUAUAACUAUAGCAAAUCUGGAUAGGGUGAAGCUAUUUGUCAAGGUUUUUUAUAAGAUUGUUAAAAAAGAAAACAAAAGGUUUCUUCAUAUUCCUAGCUGCUUAUUACGAUGCAUACUGCAUGCAAUAUUUCGACAUCCAAAUACAUAUUUGUGCAGAAAUUAUUUUUUACAGGUAUUUGCUAUAGAGAAUAUUUUAUUUUAUAGAUAUUUAAUAUUUUAUGUAUAAAUACAGAUUUUUUAAAUAG